AAGCAUUCUGCCAUCCCCGCGCCUACAAAUCGCAGUCACUUCCUAACCUCCCCCUUUUUAACAUAUUUGAUCACUUUGAUUCUCUGUUCGCUCUUUUAUUAUUUUUACGCGCAUGAAGGAGGUUCUGUAGGUUGUGAUCUUUUUGUUUUAUUGUCGGUCCUGCAUGCCGGAGAGUUGACUUCAUAUUUGACUACAACUGCGCACGGCUGCUAGCGCUACCUCAUCUGAAGAAAAGGAAGAAGCGACAAUAUUUUUUGGCCAGUUGUUGGUUUUCUUCAAGACUUUACGCUCGAACUUCUUGCGCGUCGCAAGUAUCUUAAAAGACUCAGUGUUUCUGUGCGUCCGAACAUCGCUACACGCAUUAAGUUAUCUGUCCUCCGUUAGUAUCUUCUUCUGCCGUGUUUAUUUUCCAUUUUUCCUCGAUGGGUUUACUGGAUGGAUGACUGCAAGUGCCCCUGGACUUGGCCUCUAACAGCAAGGCUACUAUUCGGCUUGCUUCAGUUUUAGCUACAUGCCAGGUAACGCUAUUUCAGUCAAGAAAUAGCCUACUGUUUGUCAUCGGUGCGCAACUUUCAACGGACAAUCAGACUCUAGCCGACCAUACCGAUCUUGAAUUAUUUAUUUGACCGUCCUAAGUGAUAAAGGCACCGUGCUGCGUUCUUAAUUUUUGAAACAAAGCAUUCCGAAACCAAAAACGGGGACAAAAAGUUUGUUAACGUUGACUGAUAGAUAUGGCAAUGGUAGUGUGGAGAGGCUCCCAGGACGAUGUGGCCGAGACCCAGGGCACCCUCUCAUCGCAAGCCCAAGGAGGACUAUCCCUUCCAACCCCUCAACCAGGCCAGCUGGGUCUGACGGCCUCUCAGAUUGCCCCUCCGACCCCUCAGACACCCGUUCAAGGACCCCCGAACAACAACACGCAGUCCACCCCAACGAACCAGACGACGCAGAAUCAAUCGGAAAAACAGCAGCCACAGCACAUAGAGUGCGUGGUGUGCGGGGACAAAUCCAGCGGCAAACACUACGGCCAGUUCACUUGCGAGGGGUGCAAAAGCUUUUUCAAACGGAGCGUACGAAGGAACCUCACUUACACAUGCCGUGCCAACAGGAAUUGUCCCAUUGACCAGCACCAUCGCAAUCAGUGUCAGUACUGUCGCCUCAAAAAAUGCCUCAAAGUUGGCAUGAGGCGGGAAGUUUCUCUUUUUACUGCAGCAGUGCAAAGAGGACGGAUGCCACCCACACAGCCUCACCAUGGUCAGUUCGCCUUGACAAAUGGGGACCCGCUGCACUGCCAUUCCUACUUAUCCGGAUAUAUCUCUCUACUUCUACGAGCGGAGCCCUACCCAACUUCUCGGUAUGGCAGUCAAUGCAUGCAGCCCAACAACAUCAUGGGCAUCGAGAACAUUUGUGAACUGGCAGCCAGGAUGCUGUUUAGUGCGGUGGAGUGGGCCAGGAAUAUUCCUUUCUUCCCAGACCUCCAAAUUACCGACCAGGUUGCCCUUUUGAGGUUGACCUGGAGUGAGUUGUUUGUGCUCAACGCUGCUCAGUGCUCCAUGCCGCUCCAUGUGGCUCCACUUCUGGCGGCGGCUGGGCUCCAUGCCUCCCCCAUGUCUGCGGACAGAGUGGUCGCCUUUAUGGACCACAUUAGGAUCUUCCAAGAACAAGUAGAAAAGCUCAAAGCUUUGCACGUAGACUCUGCUGAAUACAGUUGUUUAAAGGCCAUCGUUUUAUUCACUUCAGAUGCUUGCGGCCUGUCAGAUGUGGCCCAUGUGGAAAGUUUGCAAGAGAAGUCCCAGUGCGCUCUGGAGGAGUACGUUCGGAGCCAGUACCCCAACCAACCAACUCGAUUUGGGAAGUUAUUACUGCGCUUGCCCUCUCUCCGUACAGUAUCGUCCUCGGUCAUAGAGCAAUUAUUUUUCGUCCGAUUGGUAGGUAAAACCCCAAUUGAAACCCUCAUCAGGGAUAUGUUGCUGUCGGGGAGCAGUUUUAACUGGCCUUACAUGUCGAUUCAGUAGGCAGAAGGAAUGAUCAAAGGGGUUGUGACUACAGUAGUUAGCGCUUUUUUUUUUUGUAGAAGGAAACGGCUGUUACACGAGUUUACUUUGACGAAGAAAGACUUUCAUAAAUGACUGUGAAUUUUAAAAUUGAGACUUUCAGUGAACCCUCGAAGUCCAGAGAUUGCUCCAAUGUCAUUAUGAACAGCUUGUUCUAAUGUUAUUGUUUUUGUGUGUGUGUGUGUGUGUGUGUGUGUGUGUGUGUGUGUGUU